AUGUGCAGACUAUUUCUCAGAUUUUUUCGAAAUAGACAGAUUACAUGGAAAGACUGGCAAGGAAGUCAUCUCAAAGAUGAAGGCUCAGAUAGCGCGUCAUGGCAUUCCGAAUGUUAUUAUAUAUCUGAUAAUGGUCCACCAUUCAACAGUAGAAAAUUUCAGGAUUUUGCUGAAAAGUACGAGUUCGAGCACAGGACUUCAUCUCCUCGUUACCCUCAGUCAAAUGGAAAAGCAGAAAACGCAGUCAAGAUUGCUAAGGCCCUAAUGCGCAAAUGUGUCCUUGACAAGAAAGAUCCUUUCUUAGCACUUUUGGACUGGAGAAAUACACCUAGUGAGACCAUUGGACUCUCAACUGCAGAAAGACUGUUUGGCAGGAGAACCAGGACUAGACUCACACUAUCCUCAAAGCAGUUGAAAACUCAUAAUUCCAGUGGGAUCUCCAGGAAGCUGUACAAGAGGAAAGGAAAAGAAGCUAGCUACUAUAACCGCGGCUCGAAGGAAAUGCAAAAAUUACAUGCAGGAGACACUGUACGAAUUCGUCCAUUCGGGAGAGAGAAGUCGUGGACAAAAGCACAAGUAAGAGAUCAAGUGGAUAUUCGCUCCUAUGAAGUUCGUACAGAAGAUGGACGCGUAUAUAGGAGGAAUCGAAAACAUCUUCGACUUAGCAGGGAACCGUUUUCUAAGGAAGACUUACCCAGAAACACCAGUUUGUUCCCUGAUGUAAAUAAAGACAAUUUGGAGACUAGUGUUUCUACUAACAGAGACAUGGACAGAGUGGAAACCCCAGUUCAGAGAACAUUACAAGCACAGAACACACCGAUAGUUGACAAGAGUAUCACACCAGCCAAAAUAUGUCGUUUACCAAAUCCAACAUCUGAAGUAUCGGGCAAACGUCUUACAAGGAGUGGCCGCGAAAUCAAACCUCCACAGAAGUAUCAGGAUUUCGUGUGUAAUGUUGAGUGUUUUGUGUAG